AUGGACAGUAUGGCUGAUAAGAUCACGAUACAGACGACCAGCGCUUUGACACCGCCCUUCUCUCCCCGUCCCAUCCCACCCCCAACCGCUACCGCUGCUACACUCAGUAGUCCCACAACAUCGCCAUCCGACACCGCGCAUCAGAAUGGUCAUAUUACUACCAGCCUGGGUCGGACCACGACGGGCCCACAACCGCGUGAGCCCGUGCUGGACUCGGUCAUAGCAAUACCGCUCACAGCGGAGGAGUCCCUCCCCACUAUAAGCGGCAAGAACAACGAAGCAUACCUCGCCAACGACGACCCCCGUCAGUUUCUCUUAUACGACCUCGAUCUCUCUCGCUUGAAUCGCAUACAUGGACACCUAUGGAUGGCAGGCCGGCCCAUGCGCGCCAGGCCAUUGCACAGAUACACGAUGCUGGGCAUGGAAGUGCUAGGCACACAACAAAUGGAUUUACAUCUGCUGAAGUACUCGACCAAGCUUAUAGUCAAGCCGUUGCCGGAAUGGAUGCUCAGCUAUGAGUUCUGGCAAGAUUACAUCUGCAAGCCUGCGGAUGCGGAUCCUGAUGACGAGACAGCAAAAGGCCUGUGGGAGAGUGCGGCGGGGUUUCUGGUAAGCUAUGUGUGGCUUAUCACUACACCGCUGGACUUGAAGAUCGCGCACGAGUACACGCUUCUCCCGAGCUUUGUCACUUGGCACUGGUGGAAAGCUUUCGUGAGGGAUUUCAUGGGCCAUGUGGAUAUCAACACGCUGCAGCAAGUCAACAAACGCUACCAGUUCGGUGAUCUCAGGCUGGGAAGAAUCAACAGCAUUUAUCGGACACGUUAUGCGCAUACGCAUUUCGUGAGAGGGUAUCUGUGA